CUCCCUUCCAUUUUCCUCUUCCGGCUGUCAACCAAGCAAAACCCAUAAACGCGGCCGAUCGAUGCAUGGUGUGCCGCCGCGCGUUUUCUCCUAUCGAUCGAAUUUGUGCCAGCUGAUUUGGAUCCAACAACGAAAUUGUCACUUGGAAGUGAACUGUUGAGUUCAUCCGGCACGACCCGAUCAAGGAAUGGCGAGCCGAUUUGGAUCCAUCCGGACCCCAUCGAAUAUUGCUAGCAUUUGAUUCAAGUGAACUGCUGAGUUGAGUUCUACAUCCGGCCGGACCCGAUCGAUCAACCCCAAGGAAUGGCGGCCAUGAUGGAGGAGGUGCCGGAUCAGAUGGGCAUCGACGACCAGAGUGCCCACCAGAUUGGCGUCGAUCCAUGGUACCAGGUGGCAUUCGUGCUGACCACCGGGGUGAACAGCGCCUACGUGCUGGGCUACUCGGGCUCGCUGAUGGUCCCGCUGGGCUGGGUGGGCGGCACCGUGGGCCUCCUCCUGGCGGCCGCCGUGUCCAUGUACGCCAACGCGCUGCUCGGCCGCCUCCACCUGCUCGGCGGCAAGCGUCACAUCAGGUACAGGGACCUCGCCGGCCACAUCUACGGGCCCAAGAUGUACAAGAUCACCUGGGCGAUGCAGUACAUCAACCUCUUCAUGAUCAACACAGGCUUCAUCAUAAUAGCAGGGCAAGCACUCAAGGCGCUGUAUUUGCUGGUGAGUGCGGACGGGGCUAUGAAGCUGCCCUACUGCAUCGCGGUGUCCGGGUUCGUGUGCGCGCUCUUCGCGUUCGGGAUCCCGUACCUGUCGGCCCUGAGGAUCUGGCUGGGCUUCUCCACCAUCUUCAGCCUCACCUACAUCUUUGCAGCCUGCGUGCUGUCGCUCAAGGACGGCUUCCGCAAUCCGCCUCGGGACUACAGCAUCCAAGGAGACCCGUCCAGCAGGGUGUUCACCACCAUCGGCGCGGCGGCAAGCCUGGUGUUCGCCUACAACACCGGCAUGCUGCCGGAGAUCCAGGCCACCGUCCAGGCGCCCGUGGUGAAGAACAUGGAGAAGGCGCUGUGGUUCCAGUUCACCGCCGGCUCCCUGCCCCUUUACGCCAUCAUAGUCAUCGGCUACUGGGCCUACGGCAACCAGACCACCACCUACCUGCUCAACAACGUCACUGGGCCCCUGUGGAUCAAGGCAGUUGCCAACCUCGCUGCCUUCCUCCAGACAGUCAUAGCACUACACAUCUUUGCGUCGCCCAUGUACGAGUACCUGGACACCCGGUUCGGGAGCAAGGUGGGAGGCCCGUUCGCGAUGCACAACGUGAUAUUCAGGGUCGGGGUGAGGGGAGGCUACCUGGCCGUCAACACGCUCAUGGCGGCGGCGCUGCCCUUCCUGGGGGACUUCAUGAGCCUCACGGGGGCGCUCAGCACAUUCCCGCUCACCUUCGUGCUCGCCAACCACAUGUACCUCGUCGCCAACAGGCAGCGACUCUCCUCGCUGCAGAAGUCAUGGCACUGGCUCAACAUCGUCUUCUUCACCGUUCUCUCCAUCACCGCCGCCAUCGCCGCGCUCAGGCUCAUCGCCCGCGACUCGAAGACAUACCAUAUCUUCGCCGAUGUCUGACUCUCUUUCUCACUCACCAAGCUGCUUCUCUGAGGAGUGAGGAUAGUUUCCCUUCAUCGACGCAACUAGCCGCAUGAUGUAGCAUGCCUUACCUUCAUUUAGCGCUUCCAUUAACUAUUGCGCGUGUGUGUGUGUGUUCGCGACAACAAUAGCUAGCCAACUACUACUAGUACACAACUGUGUUGUCGCAUAGUACUGAGCUGUUACUGAAAAUGGCCUAGCGUAGUUUUGGCUUGACGUACGCCUUUGAACAACCAAAGUCGUGAGCAAAAACAAAUUAGGAAUUUGGAAUAAGUUCUGUGUGCGUGCUUGAGAAAUCACAAUGGAAACCAAAUAUUCGGUGACGCCAGCCACACAUUUAAGGUCCACAUUUGCUUUACAGAAAGCAGGGGAGGGCCUGUGGUCUCAUCAUGUUAUUAUUGUCUACAAGAAUGGGCUUUUGCACUGAGUCAACGGUCCAGCCCAUAUGUAUGAUCAGCAUUAGCCCAUGGAUGUUUUAGAAUCAAUAGCUUUAAAAAAAAUGAGUUGGGAGCUUUA